AAUCUUACUUUUCUCCCACGGCUGCAAAUAUAAUACUUUCUUCUCGUCGUCCAUCCCUCCCUCCCUCGUUUAAUCCAUCCAUCCGAAUUUGAUUUUUCGAAAAAUAAUUAUUACUCACAGCUCACCAGCAAAAGAGGAGAAUCCAGAACCAGAACACACAAACCAAUCAAACCCAUCGCCAUCCUCAUCCUCUUCCUGCUUUCAGAAAACCGGAUUUCUCCAACGCCAUCUUCGUCUGCGGUCCAAAACCAGAACCAGAAACAAAAACAAAAACCCACAAAUACAAUUGCAACUUUUGGCUUCGUCUUUCUGAAUUCAAUACUAUUUUCUCCCCCUCUUCCUCUGCUCCCGUUGUGGUUUUUUGCAGAUGGUCAAACAGUUGUCUCCUAUAAGUAUGGACUGCCUCUCCCUCUCUGUUCCCCUCUCCAAUUCCUCCCUCCCAUCCGCUCCUUCCUUCGGUGCAUGGAUUCAUUGAUUUUCUCUCUUCACCAUUCCUCGCCAUUAAUCCCCUCCUCUUCCAUUUCUCUCCGCUCCCCCGCUUGCUCCGCCUCGCUUUCUCCUCCUUCUUCCAACUUCAGUUUCUUCACUCAUCGUCUCGGUUUCACUCCCGUUUCCCGGCGUCUCAUGGCUGCACCACCACCGGCGUCCGACAGCAAGACCGCCACCACCAACGGCGGCGGUGGUCAUGGUUUGUUCAAGCCCAAGAUCGUCAACGGCGAUUAUGGCUACGUUCUUGAAGACGUCCCUCAUUUGACCGAUUACCUUCCUCACCUUCCAACUCAUUCCAAUCCUUUGCAAGACAAUCCUGCCUACUCCGUGGUCAAGCAGUACUUUGUUGAUGUGGAUGACACCGUCCCUCAAAGAAUUGUUGUCCAUAAGGAUAGUCCGAGGGGGACCCAUUUCAGGCGUGCUGGACCUCGCCAAAAGGUCUACUUCGAUUCGGACGAAGUCAAUGCUUGUAUAGUGACAUGUGGUGGUCUCUGCCCAGGACUCAAUACCGUAAUCAGAGAAAUUGUAUCUACCUUGUAUUCCAUGUAUGGUGUGAAGAAAGUGCUUGGGAUCGAUGGGGGAUACAGGGGAUUCUAUGCUCGAAACACGAUUAAUCUGACGCCUAAGGUUGUGAAUGAUAUUCAUAAGCGUGGUGGAACCAUCCUCGGGACUUCACGAGGGGGUCAUGAUACGAAAAAGAUAGUUGACAGCAUUGAGGACCGGGGUAUUAAUCAGGUGUACAUAAUUGGAGGUGACGGUACACAGAAAGGGGCUUCGGUUAUAUAUGAGGAAGUUAGAAGGCGGGGGCUCAAAGUUGCAGUUGCUGGCAUUCCUAAAACAAUUGAUAAUGACAUUCCGGUGAUUGACAAAUCAUUUGGCUUUGACACUGCUGUUGAGGAGGCUCAACGUGCUAUUAAUGCUGCACAUGUUGAAGCGGAAAGUGCCGAGAAUGGCAUUGGUCUUGUGAAGUUAAUGGGUCGUUAUAGUGGGUUUAUUGCCAUGUAUGCUACUCUUGCAAGCAGAGAUGUAGAUUGCUGCCUCAUUCCAGAAUCACCCUUCUACCUAAAAGGGGAAGGUGGACUUUUCGAGUUCGUUGAGAAACGACUCAAGGAAAGUGGCCACAUGGUUAUUGUGGUAGCUGAAGGUGCUGGGCAAGAGCUCCUUUCUGAGAGCAAAUCAAUGACAGAUGCUUCCGGAAAUAAGCUUCUUCAAGACGUUGGGCUGUGGUUAUCACAGAAUAUCAAGGAUCAUAUGAAAGCACAGAAGAUGUCCAUAAAUCUCAAAUAUAUAGAUCCCACUUACAUGAUUCGCGCUAUUCCAAGCAAUGCAUCUGACAAUGUUUACUGUACGCUUCUGGCUCAAAGUUGUGUCCAUGGAGCAAUGGCUGGUUACACUGGCUUCACAUCUGGUCUCGUAAAUGGCCGACAAACAUACAUACCCUUCUACAGGAUCAUUGAGAAACAGAACAAGGUGAUCAUAACCGACAGAAUGUGGGCUAGGCUCCUGUCAUCAACAAAUCAGCCAAGCUUUAUGUGUCCUAAACUUGUGGCAGAGAAGAAGAAGGAAAUGCAGACGAAGAUGGAGGCACAACCUUCAGGACAGUUGAUGGACGACGGGAACACUGGCGCUGAUAAGAAGGCGGCAAACAAAGAGGUCAGGGCGUGACCGACAUUCCCCCCCCCCAAAAAAAUAACCCACACUGCUAAAUUAUAGAAUUUUAACCUUGCUUAGGUUGCAGUUGUUGUUUUUCUUCCCACUCUCCUGCUUCCACUGUUUGGUUCAGUAGUUUUCACUAGUGUUCUUCAGUGAUCCUCGGAGGCCUACUUUCCUCAUCAAAGUGGAUCUCUGGAGGACCUUGACAACAUGUUGAAAUGAUGAAUGGGGGGUGAUUAGCUCAUGAUUUUUUUGUGAAGUGUAAUGUAUAUGGCAACGAGACUGGAUUGGAUGCAUAUAGUUAAGCUGUUAAUGCAAUAAUAAUGAUGCAUGAACUUUGAUCGCUGUUGGUGUGUUUAUGUUAUUGAGAUUCUGGUGGUACUGGUAGGCAUUAGGGGGAAAAGAGCAUCUGGAAUUUGCAGUGAUUGGGG